GCGCCCGGGCGGGCCCGCCGGCGCGGCCCCUUUAAGGCUUGGCCUACGUGGCAGCCGCUGGAGCCGCCGACUAGAAGCCAGGCCGGCCGCCGGGCACUUCCUGUGGAGGCCGCGAAGGGCGCGGGUGCCGACGGGCCGGACGCGGAGCGAGCGAGCGAGUGAGCCGGGCCUCCCGCCGCCGCCAUGGGCCAGAACGACCUGAUGGGCACGGCCGAGGACUUCGCCGACCAGUUCCUCCGCGUCACGAAGCAGUACCUGCCGCACGUGGCGCGCCUGUGCCUGAUCAGCACCUUCCUGGAGGACGGCGUGCGCAUGUGGUUCCAGUGGGGCGAGCAGCGGGACUACAUCGACAGCACCUGGGGCUGCGGCUACCUGGUGGCCUCCACCUUCGUGCUGCUCAACCUGCUCGGGCAGCUGACCGGCUGCAUCCUGGUGCUGAGCAGGAACUUCGUGCAGCACGCCUGCUUCGGGCUCUUCGGGAUCAUCGCGCUGCAGACGAUCGCCUACAGCAUCUUGUGGGACCUGAAGUUUCUGAUGAGGAACCUGGCCCUGGGAGGGGGCCUGCUGCUGCUGCUGGCGGAGUCCCGCUCGGAGGGGAAGAGCAUGUUCGCCGGCGUGCCCACGGUGCGCGAGAGCUCGCCCCGGCAGUACAUGCAGCUGGGCGGCCGCGUGCUGCUGGUGCUCAUGUUCAUGACCCUGCUGCACUUCGACGCCGGCUUCUUCUCCAUCCUGCAGAACAUCGUGGGCACCGCCCUGAUGAUCCUGGUGGCCAUCGGCUUCAAGACCAAGCUGGCCGCCCUGACCCUGGUGGUCUGGCUGUUCGCCAUCAACGUGUACUUCAACGCCUUCUGGGCCGUGCCGGUGUACAAGCCCAUGCACGACUUCCUCAAGUACGACUUCUUCCAGACCAUGUCGGUGAUCGGGGGCCUGCUCCUGGUGGUGGCCCUGGGCCCCGGCGGCGUCUCCAUGGACGAGAAGAAGAAGGAGUGGUAGCGGGCCCCUGAGGACCGGCUCCGGGUGGGCGCGACAGGCUGCCAGCGUCCGCGUCCCCCGCCCCCUCCCCGCCCCGUGAAGGCACAGAUGUUCGAGAACUUUCACCACAGACACCUGGAAAUCGACGGCCAAAUCUGCUCUGGACCCACCUCCUGCGGCCCGACCGCUCGGUGCUGGCCGGACGGUGAGCACGGCCCCUCCCCCAGCGAGGCGGCGGCUCGGCCCCUGCUGCUCGGCCAUGGCCGCCGGGUGGCUGCGCCCCCUCCUGUCCGGGUUCUCUGGGGUGACGGGGGCUUCAGCUGUACUGUGAGCAGAUACAUCCGUGUGUCCUUCAA